CAUCGCGCAAACCAGACGACGAAGCAGUGCCGCGAAAUCCACAGCCACUGUGAAGAGCGAGCGAUCAGCAUCGUUCUCGUCCGCCGCGUCCGGGUUCACUCAACCCGACGGCCGUUCACCUGUUCAUGCCACGACGCCGUUACCUGAUUACCUUGUGCCGGGCGGCGCCCGUCGAUCGAUUCUUAUUCUCAAACUCUCAGAAUCCCUUGAACCCCGGAGAAAGCUUCGUCUCUGAAGGCACAGACGCGUCCUUCGACCGCAGCUUCUUCGACAUUGACCCCGCCUUCACAUCCGGCGCAAUCGACGGCCUAUUCGCUUCCGAUUUCAGUCCCCCCCUGAACCCCUCCACCGGCCUGGAACUCGACCCAACCGGCGUCAACGAUUCCUACCCCCGCACCAACAAACGCGGCUACGACCUCGUCGACGAUUUCAUGAUGGACUACAAAAAGAAGAAAUCAAACAACCCGAAUGACCCGGUGCUUGCGCAGAAACUGGACGAGAUUGCGGCCUUACUUUUUGAGGAGCCCACUGGCCAGCCGCAGUUCAAUUCGCUGGAUGCGCACCCUGUGGAGGAUCUGGAUGAGCUGAAUCACUGUACGCCACCGACGACCUAUCCAAACUACAGAUGGCGGCAUCCACCUACCAGCAGCCGCCAACCACCCCUCCUGAAAACUUCGGCCCGGGUCCCGUGCCCACCUACCCCAUCAACGAUUUCCAACCCAUCACAAACUCGAACAUCAACUCUUUCGCGCGACCCACACCCACCGCGAACGGGUUUACGCAACCACAGUCCGGGAUACAACAGCCGUUCAUGGCGACCCAAUUCACGCCUGCGCCGACGGGUAACUUCACGUUCACUGCCCCGCAGCCUACACCAGCGCCAACGAUGCGGGCUGGGAACGUCGUGCCGAGACAGCAGCCAGUUUCACGGUCCUUAUCGUCAACAGCGAUGCCCGCGGCGCCAACCCCCACGGUCCUGCCACAAGAACAACAACAGCAAACGUACCCCUACUACCCACCGGAAAUGGAACACUUUGGCGCACUGCAUCUGCCGGUGUUGCUCACCAUCCCGUUGCAGCAGGCGGCGCCUGAACCUGCCCAGCCGACGCCCACUGCCACUGCCACUGCCACAGCAACAGGUACACCGACACCGACAGCGACCCCGCGCGCUGCACCACCUCAACCCACCCGCACCACCCGCACCCCCUCAACAACCAAACCCGCCGACGGCACCGACGCGCUUUUGAAACAGUUCAGGAUGAUGCAUAUCGAGAGCGAGAUCAGCAAACAGCCCCCCAAACAGCCUGCGAAUGGGUCCGUGAAAGUGGGCCCGGCGCCUCGCGAGAAGCGAGAGGGAGCGAAGACGGAGAAGGGGCAGGUGACGAUCGACCUCAAAUCCAAACGCACGCGCCACUCGAUGCUGGUGAAGGCGCUGUUGCAUAAGGUUGGCGAGAAGUUGAGGAG